CUAGGCACAGCUGAAUAAACUCGAAAUUUUGCUCAAAAUUUUGACCUUUAGAGAUAUAAUAAGUAGCCACACCCCAAUGCAUAAAUGGCUACAAUGCAGUGUUAUGGCAUCAUGAGAAGAUUGAUCACUUCCUGCUAUUACUGCAAGUGCUGCAGGGUGACAGUAAGGGGAGAUCAAUAUCCUUCCCUUCAACUAUAUUUACAUUCACACUCUGUGAAGUACAGGCACGUGGCUCAAUACAAGAGACAUUUGGUAAGAGACACAUCUCCGGAAAACAGAAAAAACAUAAUUUAUGAAAAAGAGAACAUAUGGACAAUACCAAACCUAUUGACAACACUAAGAAUAGGAUCAGCUCCAUUAUUAGGUUAUCUUGUACUCAAUCAAGAGUAUCUUGGAGCCAUAGGAGUACUCACUGUAGCCAGUCUCUCUGACUUGUUAGAUGGUUUCAUUGCAAGACGGUUCCCAUCGCAAUCAUCUAAGCUAGGCUCCAUAUUGGAUCCUCUAGCUGACAAGUGUCUUAUAUCAGUAUUAUACAUAUCACUAACAAUCGUGAAUCUUAUACCUCUCCCUCUCACUUUUCUUAUUAUAUCACGAGAUUUAAUGCUAGUUGGUGGGUCGUUCUACCUACGUUAUGUCACUCUACCUCCUCCUAGGACAUGGAGGAGAUACUGGGACGUUGAGAGAUCCGGUCUACAAAUAACACCCAACCUUCUAGGCAAGGCUAACACUGCUCUACAAUUAAUGUUGGUUGGUAUUACUAUGCUGUCACCUUUGCUAGACUGCAUUGAUCAACAGCUCUUGAAAUUAUUAUGGUUUACUGUAGGUACUACAACAAUUGCAUCAGGAAUGAGUUACUGUGUGCAAUUAAAAGGAUUUCAAAUCAUCAAAAAAAGACAUUUAAAAUAAUCACUCACUCUCAUCACUCAUACACACUCUACAUGUAUCUAUAGUAUCAAUUCCAAUAAUUCAAUUUCUACAUCAAUCAACAA